AUGGCCGACGGCAAUACUUCUGCCAUUCCCGCACAGACUACCACGCUCAAGCUAUCACCCGAGGACAAGGAAGCGUUCAUAAAGCGCGCCAUGGACAAGAAACAGGAGCUCGCGAACAUCAGCACAACCUGCAGCACUCUAGAGGCCGAGUUCAACACAGUCAUGGAUAUGAAAGACACAGUCACCGACCGAUGGUUUCGGAUCACCAUUAUGGAGUCGGCGCUUGAGUAUCGUGAUAGAAUUAUGGAGCUCAGGGCUACUGUCGACAAGGUCACGCGUGAAGUUGCAGCUCUAAGCGAAGAUAUCGGGAGAGCUUCCCAGAAGCAAGAUCGUGACUGA